AUGUCUCACUCAUUUAGUAGAAUCAUUGUUUCAAUACUUACUUUGAAUUCACUAUUACAAAUAUAUGAAAAUCAACCCUUUGAAUUUAAUGAUUCUAAUUUGAAGAUGUAACAUCCUUAACUAACUUCAAUAAUCCCCUUUAAUCAAGUAUUUAAUUCUGAUAUCCAUAUAGAUGAUAAAUUUGACAGUUGGAAUAUUAACAUUAAUCUUAAUAGAUUGGAAGAAUAAACUUUAUACUAUUACUUCAUUAUUCUUUGGAAUAUCAAUUAUAAUGUAAAAUAUCAAGUAAAAUUUCUAAUUAUACAAGCUAUCUACUACCAAAAACAAUAAAUAUAAUACAAAUUUAUUUGUAGUUAUUAAUUACCAUAAAACAUAUUUUCAAUUCAACUUAAACAUUAUUCUAGAGAGUUUAAUACAUUAAAUUUAAUAAAACUGCAAUCGAAUUUAAAUCAAAAAACUAAUCUAAAAAACAAUUUACUAAAACUUUGAAGAAAGUUGAAAAAUAAAAACUAAAAUUUUUUAAUACUUAAAUGAAUAAAAAUGAGGCUAAAAUUGUUGAGGACAAAAUGGUGGAAGAAACUAUUUAAAUAAAAAAUGAAUAAAAACAAGAAUAAUCAAAUAAAUGUAUAUAGGAAUAGCAUAUUAGUGAAGCUGAAGUAGAAACUGAGAAUUAAUGUGAAAUUAAUCAUUCAGAUCUUUCAUAGAUAUCAUCAAUAAAAGAAGAGCAAAGUAUUACCUUAUAAUAAUUAGAACUUUAAAUUUAAUUAAAAUAUAAUGGCAAAAAUGAAUAAUUUUCUUGUUCUUUAGAUACUUUUGAUUCAAUUUCUACAAUUCUUUCAGGUUCAUUAACAGAUUAACAGAUAAUAUAAAUUAAAAUUCAUAUACUCCUUAAUUUUUAUGAUGAAAAUGAAGAUUGUAGUUUUAGGUUAUGGUGCAUUAAGAAAUUAUUAGCUUUUUAAUUUUGA